AUGGGAAAUCUAAUUAGACACGUGACUCCCUGGGCCAACUCCUUGUCCUCCCCCUGGCCAAUAGAUGAGGGCGUGUCUAGUUGUUCCCUAGUCAGGCAGGCAGUCCUCCUCUCCAUCAGAGCCUUUAACUCCCUGGAAGCUGCAGGGCCAGACGUACCGAAAGCAUCUAAAAGGAUGGACAUUAGUGGGAUUCAGCCAUUCCCUCUCCUAUUUCUCCCCAGACCCCAUGAGGCUCCUGGCUUUCCUGAGUCUGCUGGCCCUGGUGCUGCAUGAGGCAGGGACAGCUUCUCUCCCAGGGGAGAGGAAGAGAGAAGAGCAGAGCCCCGAGGAAGGUGACACUUAUGCAUUUCUGCAUGUGGGGAACUAUGCCCUGAGCCUAGAAGACUAUGGUGACGUCAUUGACCUGAGCAGCUAUGAGGAGCCUGCCAACUAUGGGGACCAGACCCCUGAGGCUAAAGUAGACAGCCUGACUCUCCCAACAAGAACCAGUCUCUCCCAAAGCACUGUGGCUCCAAACCCUACCAUGACCAAGCCUACCACCACUGGCCUACUGACCUCCCAGAGCAGUCAUGACCUGCCUACCUGCCUGGUCUGUGUGUGCCUUGGCUCUUCCGUGUACUGUGAUGAUGCAGACCUCAAGAACAUUCCUCCCCUUCCCCAGAUGACCACCUACCUGUACGCCCGCUUCAACCACAUCAGCCACAUCCAGGCCGGAGACUUCAAAGGGCUGACAAAACUGAAGAGGAUCGACCUCUCCAGCAACUCUAUCUCCUCCAUCCACAACGACGCCUUCCGCCUGCUGCCUGCCCUGCAGGAUCUCAUCCUCUCAGAGAACCAGCUGGCAGCGCUGCCUGUGCUGCCCAGUGGCAUCGAGUUCCUGGAUGUCCGCCUGAAUCGGCUGCGGAACUCGGGGAUACAGCCUGAGGCCUUCGCGGCCCUGGAGAAGCUUCAGUUUCUCUACCUGGCAGACAACCUGCUGGAUUCCAUCCCUGGGCCUUUGCCCCUGAGCCUGCGCUCCCUGCACCUGCAGAACAACGUGAUCGAGACCAUGGAAAGAGACACCUUCUGUGACCCCGGGGAACACAGCCCCGAGCGAAGGCAGUUGGAAGACAUCCGCCUGGACAGGAACCCGAUCAAUCUAAGCCUUUUCCCCGAGGCCUAUUUCUGCCUGCCAAGGCUUCCUGUGGGCCGCUUUACCUAG